CUGUUUCUUUCGGUUUCAAAUUGCCGAAUACGUAGCAUCGCAGCACAUCGUCGUCUGUUAUUUCAAUUAUUUGGUUUGCGCGUGUACUUGUUUUUUUUAUUUUUUUUUGUUUUUUUAUGCGAGUGCCUCAAUUUUCGAAUUCGGAAAAAAUCGGGGAGAAAAACUUACGAUUUCAAUAAGUUAAUAGGAUCUCCACACACAUAUACGUUAUGUAUUACGCUUGAAAUAUUAAAACGUAAAACGAUUAAACGAUUAAUACGGCGAGGAUUAUGUACAGUGGCAAAUCCACGUGUACAUUUGCUUUCAGAUAAAAGCUUCCGGGGAUAAUGAGUGCUGUUUUAUUGCAACCGGAGUUAAUCAAAUGUGGCGUACAGUGUGCUACUACGUUUGCGUAUUACAGUGUGUGAUAUCGAUAUUAAAAAAAAAAAAUAAAAAUAAAAAUUGAAAUAUAUAAUUUAAUUAACAAACACGCGCGUCUUACGUAAACAUGUUUGUGACAUGAAGAUCGACUUAAAGUGUGAAUGUGAUACACAAUAUAUAUAAAAAAAAAAAAAAAAAAAAAUUCAAUCGAAACACAGGCAAGUUUUUUUUACGACUCAGCAAAUACUCGGCGAAUUAAAGUUAAAAACAAAGAGAAAAGACCGUGAGUAAAUAUCGAGAAUAACUGCUACGGGAGAAGAAAAAAAAAAUAUAGUGUUGUGUGUGCGUGUUGCUUGAAAAUUAUUAACAAUGUGUAGAAGUAACAUUUAAAACUCAUCGAUUUUGUUGUACUGGCAGCUUUCUUUGAACUAUAUGUCGUAUGUAUUUUUAAUGGAUUACAUCGUAUCUCAUACUUCGUUUACGUCAGACGCCAGAAGGACGCAAACCUAAAUUGGUUUCAAGCUUGUCUCAUAUGUAAAAAAAAAAAACUUAUUAGCAAUUUCGUGUACUUUGCAGGUCAUUGUUGCUAGAAUCCGGAAUCUUUUUAUGAUCGCAGGAUAGAUUAAACGUGUCGCUGAAUCUUUGUUUAAAAAAAAAAAAAAAAAAAAAGAAGAAUAUUAUUUGGAGAACAAUCAUGUCUUUGCGCGCAAUGAGCAUUCCUCUAAUCACUUCGUCCACGAUGUUAAUAGACACGGCGCGAAUAACAACAUCGACACUAUCGCCGAAUUACAAUUACACGGAUUUUAAUAUAACGUUAAAUAUAACGAAAACAGCGAACGAGACGGAUGUGCCGUACAUACCGUACAGCAAGCGGCCAGAAACGUACUUUGUGCCGAUAAUCUUCUCUUUCAUCAUGCUGAUCGGACUCGUUGGGAACAGCGUUCUUCUUCUCAUGUUGUUUCGACACAGACGUAUGAGAAAUGCGCCCAACACGUACAUAUUGUCGCUGGCGAUUGGCGAUAUACUGGUCUUAGUUAUAUGUGUUCCGUACAUCGGUAGCAUUUACGUCUUCGAAUCCUGGCAUCUGGGAUUGUUGGCGUGCAAAAUCGGCGAGUACGCGAACGAUCUCUCCAACGGGGUAUCCAUUUUCACACUAACUGCUCUUUCGGUGGACAGAUACUUCUCCAUAGUGGAUCCUUGGAACUUGCGUGCUAGAGGGCACGCGAGACAAACAAGGCGUUUUGCUAUAAUUAUCGCGGCACUGGUUUGGCUAUUGGCAAUAAUAGUCGCAAUUCCAGCUGGGUUGGCGUAUGUCAGAUUCUUUAGGGUCAACAGAAACAUGACCUUUUGUGUGUGCUAUCCGUUUCCCGAUGAAUUCGGUCCGAAUUAUCCAAAAAUGAUAGUGCUGUAUCGCUUUCUCAUCUAUUAUGUGAUCCCUCUAAUUAUUAUCAGCAUUUUCUACGUGUUAAUGGCAUUGCAUUUAAUACGCAGUAUGAAGGCGCUCGGUGAAAUGCAAGUUCAGAUGAAGCAAGUGCAGGCUCGGAAGAAGUUAGUAUGGAUGACGCUAAUUUUUGUCAUUACAUUUGCCAUUUGUUUCCUACCGAAAUUCAUUUUCAUGAUGUGGUUUCACUUCAAUUCAACGUCACAGUUCGAUUACAAUUACUUUUGGCAUUACUUUCGCAUAUUAGGUUUCGGCCUCGCCUUUUUCAACAGCUGCAUCAAUCCCUUUACUCUGUACUUCGCGAGCAACACUUACAAGAAAUAUUUCAACAGAUAUUUGUGCCGUUGGAGGAUACAGAAAGUGCAACAUCAACAAUUCUCAGAUCUCAGUUCAGAUUAUAGUUCUCGCGGAUUACUGCGAAGUUUUUCGUAUGUCAAGUCAAAAAGAAGAGAUAUGAAGCUCUCUAGUGUGGCAAAUAAUAUGCGACUUACGAACAACACACCAACCGGAAAACAGAAAACCUAUGGUUACUUGCUGACGCAUACAUAAAAAACGUGUACAUAAUUAUAAUACAUUUUAAAAUGUUAUUUUAUAAAGUCUUUCAAAAAGCUAUAUCUAUUUUAAGUAAUAUAUCUUCUACCAUAUUUAGACUUAGGCUUUUUUAUAAUUUAUUUUU